AUGGAAGAUUACAAUAAUGAUAAUAGACAAAAUAAUCCUGAUGUGGGAAUAGACAUGCCGGAGCAAGAAAAUACACAAGGACAAGUAACAAUUAGAGAAAAAAUUUUAGAUACAAUUUCUGGGUUAGGAUUUAAUAUAAACAAUGUAAUUGGUGCUGCAAUAUUUGUAAACCCUAGCAGAGUAUGGAGGCUAGUUCAAUCACCAGGAACUGCCUUAAUGUUUUGGCUUGCUGGUGGAUUUGUGAGUUUAUUUUGUAGCCUAAUUUAUGUUGAGUUGGGAACUAGGUUUCCUAGUGGAUCAGGGGAGCAAAAAUAUCUUGACGAAACAUUUAAAAAGUUUCCAAAUUUCGGGCACAUAUUCACUUUUGUCAUGAUCACGAUAAUCCUUCCUGGGAGUAUUAUCGCUGAUACUUAUGUAUCCGCUGAAUACCUUCUUUUCGCUAUUCAAAGAAAUGAAAAUGAAGGAGAUCAAAAUAUAUACUUUGGUCAAGACUUUGGAAAAUUACGUGCUUUGGCAGUAGCACUCUUGUUAAUCAUCACACUAUACCAUAUAUAUUCUAAUAAAUUGGCAAUCAACAUUAAUAAAGCGUUAGCAUUAAUCAAAUUUCUUGCCUUACUUAUUAUUUCAUUAAUUGGAUUGGCAAAGUUACGUGAAUCUGGAUUUAAAGAUAAGUGGAUGGGAAUUUUUAAUAAUACACCAAUAGAUGAUGAACCCCAACGAUCUGUUUUAGAACAGAUUGGAAGUUAUGGUAACGCUAUGCUAAAGGUCAUAUUUUCAUAUAAUGGAUGGAAUAAUUUAAAUUAUUCAACUGAAGAAUUGAAUAAACCAGAUAGGAGCAUGAAAUAUUCAACCAUUUUUAGUGUGAUCAUUUGUUUAAUACUUUAUAUUUUAACUAAUGCAGCUUAUAUAUCAGCAAUCGAUCAUAAUGCUAUUAACUCUAAUGAUACUAUGAUUGUAUCUUUUGGACGCACUUUUGGUGAACCAGGAAAAACACUUAUAUACUUAAUUGUCUCAAUUUCUGCUUUUGGAUGUGUAGGUUCAAUGGUUUUUAUGGGCUCUCGAGUUAUAAAUUAUGCAGCCCGAACCGAAUUUAUACCAAAAUUCUCCAAUAGCUUAUAUAAAUGGCACAAAAAAUUUGAUACUCCAUCUAAUGCUUUAGCUGUACAAUUUCUUUAUUGUUCAGUCUUGAUCAUUUUUUUCCCAGAAGGAAAAAGUCUUUUCUCAUUUUUUUCCAGUAUGUCAGCAUAUUUAGCAGUAGUCUUUUAUGGAGCAAGUGCUAUUUGCUUAUUUGUCCUAAAGGAAGAUCAAAAAGAAGCCCAAUAUGAAAAUUUUAAAACACCUUUAAUACUU